ACAGGCCAACUUGACCAAUUUAAUAUUUUAUAAAUGAUUUUAAACAAUUAAUAUUUAAUAUUGUGGUAGUAAUUCGAAUGAAUUGAAUACAUAUCCAGAAAAUGGACAAAUAUUUGGAAUACAUCAAAUGUGGAGACGUACUUAUAUCUCCCAAUUUGAAUAGCAAACAAUACAUCCUCAAAUGCGUCGAGUGUGAUCAACACUAUGCAAUAUUGGAUUCAUUGCUUCAUCAUUAUAUGGAACAUUGCAGCGUAACGGACGAAUGCAUUGAGAUUGCUGCCAAUAUUACUGACCCACUUAAUAUGAUCCCGUCGGUUCAUGAUCUAGAAAAUAAUCUAAAAAUUGAAAUUCUGGAACCACUCGACAAAGUCAAUGAGAACCAAAAGGAAACAAUAAAUAUUGUGAAUUGUAAUUCAGCUGCUGAGCAAGUCCAAAGCGACCAAAAUGAGUCGAGUGCAAGUAGUUGUGACGAAAGAGACUCUGAAUAUUCGUCUAUAGGGAACACAGAAACAUCUCUACAUGGUGUCACAAAUGAAGAUAGCCCUGCAAGAAAAUGUCUUAAUCCAACAUCGCCCAAAGGCCUGAAAAGACACAGAACAGUGCAUACUUCCAAAGGCACAUUUCAAUGCGAAGAUUGUAAAAGAACUUUCAAAACAAUGAGAACGCUCAAUAAUCACCUUAAAACACACAAAAGUUUUGAACCUCUUAACAAUACUACAAGGAUCGAAGAAAGGUGUGAUGAAGGUGACAUCGACAAUUUAACCUUUGGAAACAAAUGCCAAUUAAUAGACACAGAUAUGUCAUAUAAAACUGAAAGGGCUGAAGAAGAAAACAUAAACCAUUCCACCGAUAAUAUGGAUACGGAAGAAAAUCAAAAACAACAGGAAGACAAUACAAAUAGAUUAACUUGUAAUCAAUGUGGAAGCGAAUUAAAGACACGCAAAAGUCUUAAAAGGCAUUUACGUAUUCACAUGCGAGAGACUGAUGGGAGAAUGCGUAACAAAUCUGCAAAAAAUGAGUGUGGAUUUUGUAAAAAGGUUUUCCAUCAGUCCAGUUCCCUGAAAGACCACCUAAGAGUUCAUACAGGAGAGCAGCCUUAUCUGUGUUCGGAAUGUGGUAAAGCUUUUAAGAGCCUGAGUAACAUGAAACAACACUUUUUACGCCAUGGCUCCGAUCGUCCUUACGAAUGUCCUGAUUGUCCGAAAAAAUUUCCCUGCCUUAGUGAUUUGGCCUCCCACAAGGCAGUACAUACGAAGACUAAAUCUCAUGUAUGUGAUAUUUGUGGCAGUGGCUUUGUCAAGCCAUAUCUCCUUAAGAAGCACAAACUGUAUCACGCCAAUGAACGGAAAUUUUCGUGCGAAUUUUGUGAAAAACGAUUUGUCCUCGCUGACCAAUGUCGAAGACAUAUGCGAACCCAUACGGGUGAGAAACCAUAUAAAUGUAAAUAUUGUGUCCGUUCCUUUGCCCAGAGUAAUGAUUUAAUAAAGCAUUUAAGAGGGCAUUUGGGAGCUGAUAGUGUCUAUAAAUGUGAAAUGUGCCCACAAGGAUUUCGUUUGCAAAGUGAGUUAAGAGCACAUUUCAAUACGCACAAGAAUGAUGAUGAAGAAACGAGACAAAGAAAUCUGCAAGCGCUCAAAGAUGAUGAACUGAGAAUACAAAUGAAAUUUGGCCUUGUGCCAAAAACAUAAAUAGAAGGCCAGUGUACAUAAGUCAUGGAAAGAAUGCAUUAGGCCUGCAAUGGAAUAAAGUUGAACAUUCCGUCUGUGUAAUAUAAGUCUAAUUAAAUUUUACUUAAUUUUGAAAUUUGGAAGUCGUAUUUGAUACGGCUAAAACGACGUAAUUCAAAUUUAAAAGGAGAUUUCAUAAAUUA